AUGUCCAAGGUGAAACACUUUCUGCGCAAGCUUCACAUCGGCGAUCACCACCACCACGGGAGACCGCCGUCUGCGCUCGAUCCUUCCCCUGGGACGGGGUCGCCGUCGCCGCCACAGCCCAUGCCCACCGUCUCGUCUCCGUCGACGACCGAUUUGCCGCAAGCAGUGGUGUCGACGGAGAGCGGGGGCUCGAGCGGGAGUAAUUUCAAUUACUUCGAGGAGGAGUUCCAAAUGCAGCUGGCGCUGGCGAUUAGCGUGUCGGAUCCGGGUCAGAGCCUUGUUGACCCGGAGACCGCUCAAAUUAACGUCGCCAAGCAGAUUAGCCUCGGCUGCUCGCCUUCUCAGAGCCUCUCCGAGUUUAUGUCGCUCCGAUAUUGGAGCUGUAAUGUUAUAAAUUAUGAUGAGAAAGUAAUAGACGGGUUCUAUGAUGUUUGUGGAGAUUCAAAUUUGGUGGUCCAAACAAAAAUGCCAUCACUUGCUGAACUGGAAAGAACUUUUGCAUUGGAUCAUAUUGGUUGUGAGGUUGUUUUAGUGAAUCGUGCAGUUGACAUGGAACUACGGAAACUUGAGGAAAAAGUGCAUUUUAUGACCAAGGGAUGCCAUUCUUUGGACAGGACCUUGAAUACUAAUCUUCUAGUUCAAAAAAUUGCCAGGAUUAUUGUUGAAAGAAUGGGAGGCCCUGUUACUGAUGUUGAAGACAUGUUCAGAAGGUGGAGGGCAAGGAAUCAUGAGCUAAGAAUCUAUUUGAGUACAAUCAUUCUUCCCAUCGGCUCUCUUGAUGUUGGGCAUUCGCGUCAAAGGGCCUUACUGUUUAAGGUACUUGCUGACAGGAUCAACCUUCCGUGUAAGCUAGUUAAAGGAAGUUAUUAUACUGGCACUGAUGAAGGAGCUGUGAACUUGAUAAAAUUGGAUGAUGGGAGUGAAUACAUAGUUGAUCUGAUGGGAGCUCCAGGCACACUAAUUCCGACUGAGCUACCAAGCAGUCUUCCACAAAAUUUUGGGUUACAUGCAAGGAAUAUUACUACUUUUGCCGGUAAUGACUGCAAAUUGGGUACCACAGCAUCUAACGGAAAGGGUGAUAUUAAUUUCUUUACACACCGUGUGGAUGAAACUCCAAAAUCUGUUUGUUUAAGUUCAGAAUCCUCUGCCAUUGCCAUGGAAUCAAAUAUAAAAGGCAGGAAAAUAUCUCAGAAAUUGCAGACAGAGCAGUUGGAGCAUGGUCCUCGAGAUCUUUAUAUGCCACCAAGAGUGUGUGAAGAGUCAUUGCAUGCCGGAAGCAAAAUAUUAAGUGGAUUAGACUCGGGUCCUGAUGAUCCUUCCUGUUUUGCUUCUAAUGCCGCCAGAAAAGCAGAAUUCCAUGGAGAAAUUCCUACCAUAUAUACUGAGGAAAGUGCACCAAAACCCGAAAAUUUGUUUUUGGCCAUGAAUACCAAUGAUUUUAGGGAAGGCAAAGUGCCGGAAAGAAAUGAUCUAAUUUGGAGAGGCAGGGUGGUGGACGAGUGUCAUGCAGAGAUUAACUUGACUACAAAUGAGCACUCUCUUGCACCUUACACUGGGUGGCAGUUAUUUAACCUGUCAUGCAAUAGUAGCGGAGAGCAGACAGCUGCAGGAUUGGGAGCACAGCUGUUUAAACAGGAUUCAGAAGGAAAUAACAUGGAUCUUAAUAUUCCAGAGGAACAAAAUACGCUUGUGAGUGACAGAAAUAAUGGGAUGCUUACAGAUAAUGAUACUGCUAAUGGUAGAGGACUAGUUGAUUUUUCUGGAAGUACAGAAGUUAUGUUAGUAUCUGGCACUGACCAGUCUAAUGCUAACAUGAUCCACGACAUGCAAAUUGAUCCUGUGCUGAAUGGAGUUGCAGAGAUAUUAUGGGAAGAUCUUCAGAUUGGUGAACGCAUUGGUAUAGGGUCAUAUGGCGAGGUCUUCCGAGCAGAAUGGAAUGGCACGGAAGUUGCAGUGAAGAAAUUUAUGAACCAAGAUAUCUCAGCGGAUGCACUUGCACAAUUUAAAUGCGAGGUUGAGAUCAUGUUAAGGUUGAGACAUCCCAAUGUUGUUCUUUUCAUGGGAGCUGUGACUCGACCCCCAAAUUUGUCUAUAUUGACAGAAUUUCUUCCAAGGGGUAGUUUGUAUAAGCUGCUGCACCGUCCAAGUAUCCAAAUAGACGAGAAAAGGCGUAUAAAAAUGGCACUCGAUGUGGCAAAGGGAAUGAAUUAUUUGCACAGUAGCCAUCCAAUCAUUGUGCACCGAGAUCUGAAGACUCCAAAUCUCCUUGUUGAUAAAAAUUGGGUGGUUAAGGUUUGUGAUUUUGGGAUGUCACGUUUUCAGUACCAUACUUUUCUAUCUUCGAAGUCGAUUGCUGGGACAGCAGAAUGGAUGGCCCCAGAGGUUCUAAGAAACGAGCCAUCUAACGAGAAGUCUGAUGUAUAUAGUUUUGGGGUAAUACUGUGGGAGCUAGCUACUCUGCUAGUGCCAUGGACGGGGAUGAACUCGAUGCAGGUGGUUGGGGCCGUCGGAUUCCAGGGUAGACAUCUGGAAAUCCCACCCACUAUUGAUCCCCUUGUGGCGGCUAUAAUAAAUGACUGUUGGAGUAGAAAUCCACAGGAACGGCCUUCUUUUGCACAGAUUAUUACACGACUCAAGGGUCUGCAGCACCUCACUGUAAAGCUGUAG